AUGGCAAAUGCAGAGAAGGUCUCCAGUGAGGGGGACGCAUCUGGUCUUAUCCAAAAGGAGGGAAUAGUCGAAAAAGUGGCUAUAUCGGAUGAAUUGAACCUAAUGCACGGAUGGAGGUUUGUUCCCGACGAGAUUGAAUUAAAAAAGAGAGUUUUGUAUGCGCUGACUGUUGGAUUUAAGUGUCUGUCUACCUGGGUAUACAAGCAAAUAAUCCCGUAUGUGGACACAUACGGCCUUGCCGAGUUCGAAGCUUCUGUUUUCCCCAGGCUUCUGAAAGGCCAGACGCAGUCCAAAUACGCCCUCACGGAAAUACGCCAGGAAAUAGAGAGAAACAUUCUUGUGUUUGUUAAAAGAGCGUACGGGGAAAACGCAGACAUAUUCCUGGCGCGGUCGGUUGAUGCCUUGAAAAUCAGCCGCUUCAAGGCCAGCCAGGGCGUUCGCGAUGCAGUUUCGGUGCGCAUGCUGUACUACAUGCUGCGCCUGCUUAUUGUGGAGAUAGAGGAGUCCGACAUUCGAACGAUCGAGUUGAUUGUUUUUCUUGGGCAGGCCUUGGACAGGCGCAUACUCGACUACCUGGUCUCCUACUUCUACAAGGAGAAGGACCUGCUUUUGGAGAUACUUCUUGUGAAGAUGCGCCACAGGAAGCUGCAAAUCCCAGAGCAGAUGCAUCUGCGCGAGAGCGAAGUUGCCGAAAUAUUCCAGGGGGUGGGCGCAAAGCUGGAGCUCUCGCCAGAGGAAGAGGAAAAGCAAGCCAAGGAAAUCGUUAUGGAUAUAUCGAACGAGCUCGAUAUCACAUACUCCAGCCUUUUUAUGCUGAGGGCGCUCAUGUACGUGGAGUGCAUACCAGACACCGAAAUUCUCCAAAAAAUGACCCAGAAAAUGGAAAGCAAAAACAAAGCUGUGCGCAUGGAGUGCAUAGCGCUUAUACACGGGUUUGCAGGAGACGAAGACGUGUGCGAAGCCCUUAUGGGGGCGCUUCAGGACCCGGAUGACGACGUGAAGAGGCAGGCGCAGAUGUCGCUGUCCAUGGCAGUGCCUAUUGUCACGAAAAAGCAGAGCGAGCUCAUAGAGAAGUACAGCGAGUGGUUUGCAAAGGACAAGAAAAGAUACGCGCCGCACCUGCCAAGCGUCUUGAUUGCAGCGAAAAAGGCCAAGCACGAAAAGCACGGCGAGCUGUACAGAGAGUACUGCACUCUGCUGGAGAAGGCAGGAGACACGCAGAGACAGCUUGCCAGGAAGGUGGCGGAUGUUUUUGGCCUGUACAUACAGAGAGAGGACGUGAUUGCUGAGGACAUAGUGAAUCUGAAAAUAGAAGAUAGAAAGAACGCGCUCACGUUUCCAUCCCCGGACAUUGCAGAGUUUGACGCCCGGGAAAAGAAGGAGUACAGCCCAGAGAAUGCAGUGUGCGACUUGGAGAGAGUUAUGGGCGCACUGGUGGCGGAGGCAGGCUCUGCAGAGAAAGUGGUGGAGAUGCUCCCACUGUGCAUGCAUCUUCUCAGAGCAGGCUUUGUGCAGAAGAUGCUUCUGCGGCUCUUUGAGAGGGACCCGGAGAGAAAUUGGAGAUAUUGGAUGCGCCUGCUCCAAACAGCAGACAAAGUAAAAGACAGCCUUACGGAGAGAGCUAAAGCUAGUCUUAAAGAACACAUAAAAAAGCUCACCGCACAUUGGGCGCACGCAGUUCGCAUAGAGGCCAAGAAAAUGGACAGUCAGCUGAAAUAG